AUGCUGGCGAGAUUUGUAAUUUUGACGGAGCAUCAGCCCAUACUCUCUGAGAAGCUGCGGUCUUAUGACACGGCAGAUGCCAAGGGACGCAAGACUCUGGUUCAGAGCUUGCGCCAGAAGCUGAAGACACAGUUUGUCGACACGUCAAAUUAUGACGACAUCAUUGUGGAAACUAAAAUCCGAGAGUGGCUCAAUAACCAUGCCCGCCAUGCACAGGAGAAAGCGACGAAAAAGCGUAUGCAUGUUUCUGGCAAGCCCAAUGCCUUCAAGGUGUGGGAUGCGCUGGAGAGGGACAAGGUGACUGAGGCCGCGCGAGCACUUGCGGCAGAUAAGGGUUGCAAUGUCUCCAAGGUGUGGAGAGUCGCACGGAGUGCCGAAUGGGCAAAACUGUCCGAGGAGGAGCAGAAGGUGUAUGAGGAAAAGGCGGAAAGUUGGCACAAUGGCACUCUGGAUGAUAAGAUAAAAAUGAAGCUGAGGGAGCAGCGAAUGAUGCAAUAUCUGAAGAAGUUUGCCAAGACUAUGUGGGACACCAUGGGCAUUCGCAUGGCAUUCAUGCUAGCAUAUCCGAAGGAAGCGGGGAGUCUGAAGGUAGAGAUGGUGGAGGUCAACCACGCCAUCACCAAUGGAACUCCAUUCGGGGCCUAUCCUGGGUGGCUGCGUGCUUACCAGCCUCUAGCAAAGGUGUUCUCUGAGUGGGCCAAAGGCGAAUACGGUGUGACUGAGACUACGGUGACGGUGAAGAAGACACCUGCCGAUUGCAUGCGGGCCAUGGACAAGAUUCGGUUGACGGCCAACGGUUUUCCUCUGCUCCCCUCGGUGCCUGAAGGUAUGGUGGAAGCGCCUCUCAAGGUGAUGAAGGUACAAGUUCGAGACUUCAUGAAUCAUCACUACGCAUUGGCGAAGGGUGUUCGGAACUGCAAGUCGCCAUGGACAAAGCUGAACAGCAUAGACGACAUCAAUGAGGUUAUUCCAGCGGAGAUGCUACCUGAGAACUUCCAGUGGAUCGAUCCCUCAAAGAUGACAAGUGUUCCCACCAUGCGAUUCACCCAGUACUUCGACAAGGAUGGCGAAGCUGCUCUCGCCAAGUAUGAUCCUCUUCCACCACUUGACGGAUCAGCACAGGCAUUAGAAGAAGGAUCUGAACAUGAGGUCCAAGAAGCACUCACACCCAAGAAGGCGGGGAAGGUGAAGAAGAAGGGUAAACCUGUGCGCAAGGUCACGGGAAAGGCGACAUCGAAGGCGACAAAGGGCAAAGCGGCCCCUGGUGGAGCCAAAGGCGGUGGGCGUAAACGCAAGAUGAAAGAUGCAUACGACUCAGAAGACGAUGCCAGAAGCAGCCAAGACUCUGAUCGGAGUUCGCCAGAUAUACCCAGCAUGGCUUCCGAAGAAGAUACGGCCAGCGAUGAAGAUUCAGGGGAUGGCGAGAGCAUAAUUGCGAAUAAAGCGAAGGGCAAGGCAGUCGCCACCACCAAUGGACAUAAGGCUAACAAUGGCAGUGCACCUCAAGCGAGUGGUAGCGGCGGUGCCAAGACGAAGGAAAAGCGAGGUCUCCAAGACCUUCCUCUGGGCGCACUGCACAGAUUUGACACAGAGGAGACUGAUGAAGCAUCGAGUGAACUGGAGCCCAGUACAAAGGAGCUCAGGCUUGAGCUUCAAGGCCGAGCCCUGCGUCUCACUGGCAGGAGUACUGUGGGGAGUACUGAUAUGCUGAAGCAAGUCAAGAUUGCGACUGUGCCCCAGGUGUAUCGUUUCGCCAGGUAUGAUCCGAUUCCCUGGAGUGAAUGGUCGUAUAGCCAGCGCUACCUCCCGCCGUCAUUUCAUGCGGUGCACAACUUUGACAUCGUCGAGAACUGGUUGGGCGACAAACCAUGGCUGACAAAAUAUCGGUUCUUACAUUCACAGGGCGUACAACAAUCUGCACUCGUGAUUGGUAUGACGCUGAGGGACCUCACACGAUCUCAGUUCAUUGAGGAGGGCGAACCGACCAACCUUCCCAACUAUGUGGCGAACUCGGCAAUCUCAUUUGAUGCAGUAGAGCAGCUGCUUCGCUGUUGCGAGAUCAUUACCUUGGACAUGGUGGAAGGGAACGUCACCCAUGCCAUGGUGAAGCCAGUGAGCAAGCCUGCCAUACGCGGUGCCCCACAAGGUGGUGAUGGCCUUGGGGGCCAGGAGGAGCAGGAAGGUGAUGCCUCUGCAAGAACUCACGAUGGUGCUGCUACUGCUGCCAAAGUUCACAAGGCUCACCAGCCUGCCCCCAUGGCUGACAAACCAAUCAUUCCAAGUGGAGGAGAUGAAGGGCCGAGCCAGGAGACCAGUGGUGGGGCCUCUGAUGAUGGCGAAGAGGACGAUGCACACUUGUCCGUACCUAGCAGUGGUGCUGAACGACCGCCACCGCCUCCAUUUAUACCUAAGACGAGGAAGGCCGCAGCCAUGGAAGACCGUCCAUCAGGUCAAGCCAAAGCGCUCCAGGGAAGGUUGAUCACCGAUGCCCUUCAGAGUAAUAUCCCCGGCAGGAUCACUCGCAGUCAGCGUCAAGCGAUGGAUGAGUCGCCCGCCAAGAAUACCCGCAGUCAGCAUCCACUAGGAGCUGUGAAAGAUUUGAAGAAGCUUCCUGAUCCAAAGCGGAAACGUCAACCAGCACGUCCUGAGCCCGAUGGCGAAGACAGCUCUGGUGAAGACAAUCCGCCACCUCGGAAGCAUGGACGUGGUACUCAGGACGAGUUGGUAGUGGCCUCGCCGAGGAAGAAGAAUGCGAGGGCCGAGGACUCGGAUGAUGGUGACAAGCCUCCCGCAAAGCGAAGACGAGCUCUGCCUCAGACCCCGGAGGUCAAGGACAAGGGAGAAACCAAGCUGAAGCCGGUCCGUCUGGGGAAAGCAGCCGCCAAAGUGAAAGAGAGUGGCCAAGUUGGCGCAGGUCGCAAGACCCACAGUGGCGGCACCAGACCUUGA